UUACCUUCCUACGUUUCCCAUAUUCCAUUGCGGGCUUUUUACUCCGCCAUAUUGAGAGUGCCAGAACGCGCUUGUCGGGAAUAGUAGCACCACAACACAGAAUUGUGUUUCUGGUGUAAAGUGACACUAGCCUCUCUUCUUCCCAGCAGCGGAGGAUGACUCAGACCGUACAGACCAACGGGGUCCAGCCCCUCAGCAAGACCUGGGAACUCAGUCUGUAUGAGCUGCAGAGGACCCCACAGGAGGCCAUCACAGACGGACUGGAGAUCGCUGUGUCCCCACGCAGCCUUCACAGCGAGCUGAUGUGCCCCAUCUGCCUGGACAUGCUGAAGAACACCAUGACGACCAAGGAGUGCCUGCACCGUUUCUGCGCAGACUGCAUCAUCACCGCGCUGCGCUCCGGGAACAAGGAGUGUCCCACUUGCCGAAAGAAGCUGGUGUCUAAGCGGUCCCUGCGGCCGGACCCCAACUUUGACGCGCUGAUCAGCAAGAUCUACCCGAGCAGAGACGAGUACGAGGCGCACCAGGAGCGCGUGCUGGCCCGCAUCAGCAAGCACAACAACCAGCAAGCGCUCAGCCACAGCAUCGAGGAGGGCCUGAAGAUCCAGGCCAUGAACAGGCUCCAGCGGGGGAAGAAGCACCAGGUAGAGAAUGGCAGCGGGGCGGAGGACAACGGCGACAGCUCCCACUGCAGCAACGCCUCGGUCCACAGCAACCAGGAGGCGGGGCCCAGCAUCAAGCGCACCAAGACCUCGGACGACUCCGGCCUGGACAUGGACAACGCCACGGAGAACGGCGCCGGCGGGGAGCUGGCGCUGGACGGGGCGAGCGAGAUCGAGUUGGUGUUCCGCCCACACCCCACGCUCAUGGAGAAGGAGGACCCAGCGCAGACCAGUGUGGAAUUCAUCCCCAGGUACAUCAAGACCUCAGGGAACGCCACGGUGGACCACCUGUCCAAGUACCUGGCCGUGCGCCUGGCUCUGGAAGACCUGCGCAAGAACGGCGAAGCCAGCCCCAUCAACGUGGAGGCCGCCAGCGAGAAACAGUACACUAUCUACAUCCCCACAGCCAACAGCCAGUUCACAGUCCUGAAUGGCUCUUUCUCUCUGGAGCUGGUGAGCGAGAAGUACUGGAAGGUGAACAAACCCAUGGAGCUCUACUUCGCUCCAACAAAGGAGCACAAAUAGGUGGAGACCAGGCGGGUCUGGAAAAGACUGAUGUUUGCCCCCCCCUUACCUCCUACAUAUUCUUUCUUUACCUAUCUCUCUCUCUUUCUCUCUCUCUCCAUCUGUCUCUCUCUCCCCUUCCCCAGUGUGGGUCUCUCUGCCCCUCAGUAACUGUGCUGCUUUGUUUUUUUAUUGUCUUUUUGUAUGGGGUUGGGCGGGACUUAGGAGAUGUUUUCUGUUUGUUGUUUUGUCUGAUCCCCCACCCGUCAUGCGUGUCCGUGGAGAGCCGCUUCAGGAGCGAAGCAGAUGCGCUGUGUAGAGACUUGUAAAAUAUCACGUGCGAGGCCCACCGUAGAGAACUGUACACAAACUUCACCAGUGGUCAACACACUCAAUAACACAUUUAUUUUUUCUCUCUUUUUGGGACUUAGUUUGUAUCCGUGGCAACGGUCUUUCACAUCAGUCAAGAUCAUAGAAUUCAGUUUAACCUGAGGGUUAAUGUGCAGUGCACCACCUGAGUGCUGGUCCUGCCCACUGCACGUGAGGCUGGAGAGGCUGAGGGCGCUAGUUUAGCCCAAAGUUUGGCCCCUAAGCUGUAAACUCUAUCCCUGAGGUUGUGGUGUCAGGGUCAAAGGUUACUGUGACACUAUGAGAACCCCGGAAAACUCCAGAACCAACACGACAGAUGUACGACUGCUCCAGAAGAUAUUGGCUUCUCUCAAAAUGAAAGACUCAUCUUAACGAGUUUUAUUAUUUUAAAUAGAAUACAUAGCCGUUGUUUCUGUCUGAGGAGGGACCUGUUUUUUUAUAUAUCUUGAUGUUUCGUAAAAAUGCCAUUGCAGAGUUCUUUUAGAGCAUGAAAUAUUUUAGUUUGACAUUCUUUGCAUAAAUAUGAGUUGUUGUUUGGGAAAAUGUAUACCACAUUAUCUGUUUGGAAAAUAAAAAAUAAAAAAAGUGUGA